CGCGCACACACACGCACACACACUUGACACACAGCAGAGACGAAUAGGGCUCUCAGUUAUUUCCCUUGAUUUUGCUGGCUCGACUAUAUCAUUUCACGCACAGCAACACUGGGUGUGUUGCUGCUGCAGAUGUUGACAAGUGUCAGUGUGGCAGAGUAAGGAGCUGAAGAGUGGGUUGAACCCACGGGACGUUUGGGAUAUGAAUGGCACGCUACGCUGGGAUAUCUGCUCAGCUUGCACUAAGGUGAGUGUCCUCAACUCUGCAAAAUCCACAGUGAUCAAACAGUGAUGCUGUGCCACAGCCUUCCCCUCUGUGUGUCCCCUCCAUUCUCCCGUGAGGCCCAUGUGACCUAGCCUACGCCGACACGUAGGGGGCACCCACCGCCGCUGGAGCCCACCCAUGAAUCCCAGCCCUGACCGCGGCAAAGAGUGCCUCCCUCCCAAGAAGAGGGAGUCUCGGCAAGGGUCAUCUGAACGCUACCUUCCGCCGCCCGAUGAAUUUAAGCCCCCUGUACCAUUUCGGAGUAGGACUAACGCAGAGCGAGGGGAGAGCAGCAGGGAGGUCGUGGAAAGGCAGCGAGCUCUCGCUAGCCCAAACCCUAAUUUCCUACACACUCCUCCAGCCCUACCUGCACCAGCACCACUGCCCCUGCCAUGGCCCUUGAGCUACACUUCCUCUGUGUCCCUUCCACUCUUUCAAGGGCAUGUUGUGGAAAGGAGGGGUUCCGCGUCUCCUGCAUGGAGAGAUGAUCCCCUCUCAACACCACUGCCUCACCACUCCAGGUGGCUCCGAGCUGAAGGGCCCCUUUCCUCCCCGUCCUCCACUUGCUCGUUUAAGACUCCAUUCCCAGCUGAUUCGAGAGAGACGUGGUCUUAUAUUAACAGUAGCCGACGAGAUUACAGUUCCUCUCUCUUCUCCCCGUCCUACCUGUUUGGCCAUACCUCUCUCUACCCUCAAGAGCCAAGUUUAGUUGAAGCCAGGAACAGAUACCUGGGCAAGAGGCCCAAUGGACUGGAUGGGCCGGGCAGCAGGACUGCCUCUGCCUCAAGGCAUUUGCUCCCAGGUGAUUACGGACAUGAUAGUAUCAGAACUAGAUUGGACCUGAGUCCACAAAGCUCCCAUACUAACGGUGGCCGGAGACAGCAGGACGAUCUGACACCUCAUGCUCAGUCCGGGGGCCCAAUUUUUUCAGACUCUCAGGCUCAGGAGGGCCACGAGCCACAUUCCUCACUGCAGGACAGACAUCGGCAAAGAAUACCCACCAGCCCCCAUCCGCUGGGACAAGACCCCAGGGCAGGUAGAGAGAGAUUACCCGACACCGCGGGGGCCCCAGCAGCUGAAGCUCACCUCUACUACUCUUUGGGAUCUGUCUGCCAGCCCAGCCCUCAGACCUCCCAGUCCUACCCACCCUACAGUCCCUCAGGAACACCACUGUAUAACUUGCAAGCAGAGUCUGGCCUAAAGAAGCAGUGUCCAAGGAACUCCCCCAACUCACCACAGGGUCUACUGAACAGCCAUGACGGGUCCCAAAAGGACCAUGACAGAGACCAAGACAAAAACAGAGAACUGGCUCUGCAUAGGAACAGGGAGCGAGACAAAGACAAAGAGAAGCACCUGAAAUAUAACAGGAUUCAUGUUCACACCUCAGCCCCUGCACCUCACCCACCACCCCCUGCGCUCCUACCUCACUUCAGCAAGGGGUCGCUCAUUGAGCUGGCCAGCGGGCAGUUGAAACAGGUGGAGGAGCUGCAGACAGAGGACUUCUUGAGGAGUGCUGAUACAUCGCCAGAGUUCCAUCUCAGCACCUGCACGGUGUUGCUCAUUUCGCCCAGCAGUGCGCAGGGUGUCAGCCAACUGCAGGUCCACCUCACAGACCGCAACACUCAGGAGUUCCUGAAGGUCUUGGUGGAGUAUCCGUUCUUCGUCCAGGACCAAGGCUGGUCUUCUUGCUGCCCUCGGAGAACAACUCAACUCUAUGGCCUUCCCUGCCGCCAGCUUACAGAGGGGGAUGUCUGCCUUGCUCUCACUCCAGCACCCAAGCAACUCCACAGGACACUUGUGCGUUCCUCCUGCAAGGUCCAACGCGCAGAACAUCUUCCCAGGGCUGCGGCAGGAGGCUCGGGCAGCUCACACAGGGCGAAAAUGCCACCUCCUCCUCCUCCUCCCCCUCUCCCCCAGCACUCGCCUCCUACCGGGCCUCCGCACAUCCCGGCUGCAAAACCUCAGACUCGGGAGCUCGGGCGCUCUCGGAAAAGGCGCUGGUCGGCCCCUGAUGUCCUUCCCUCGGCAGGUACUGAUGAAAGCCUCCUGGAUUUACCUCAAGGCUCCAAGCUGAUGAAGUGGCAGUAGAAACUUGCACAUGCACACGUUCACCAACAGUAAGCACAUGUAUACGCGCCAUGUCUCUGUUGCUCCCACUAGGGUUGCAGGUAUGGAAAAAAAGAACAAUCAAAAAUUACGGGUGUUCACACUGCCGCCCUCAGGCUUAAAUAUGUCUACCUGUGGCCCCCACCCCCCUUCCCUCUUCUACUCCCCUCUUUUGUUCUCCUUUCCUUGGCAGUGAAAGGAGCAGCCACUGAAAGAUGUCUGGGUGGCUCCUUGCAGACACACUGAAGACAUUAGUGAGACAAUCAAGCACUCGUCUGUGUUCACUCUGUUUAUGUAACGGUCGUCCCACACACAUAUUUACCGACAGUGUUGUCCUGCAGGGUAUCAAUUUUUCAAUCAGUGUUAUGAAAGUAAGCGCGAUUCAUUGCAGACACAUAUAUAUAUAUAUAUAUAUAUAUAUGUGUGUGUGUGUGUGUGUGUGUGUGUGUGUGUGUGUGUGUGUGUGUGUGCACAAAAAAAGUUAUCUUACAUGUGUACAGUGAGUAUGCUAAACAGACUUAAUGCAACUUUGUCCAGAUAUGUUGUGUUCGACUUUUUCUUGCUUCUCAACGAUUGUGUCCGCGUUGGUCUGGGCAGGCAAGAUGAAUGUAAGAGCGUGAACGACUCUUUGCCUUCUUCAGAUCUUAUCACCUUCAAUGAGUUGUUUGUCAAGGCAUUACUCUCCAAUACGUUCUUAACAUUAUCUCUGACAAGAGGUGGGAGAACACUAAUGAAAACUGCGUAUGAGACAAUCGUGCCCACAUGGACAGAUGUGUACCAUAGUCUACACACUGUUUUUUUUUUCCAUUAAAAGCUGAAUAGUGGAAAGAGUGCAGUGAGAUGGGAGAGUAAUGGUGCUAAUAACACGUUGGAACAUGAUGCUUUGUAGAUAUCCAUGUCAUUGUUACGUACUGUAUGCAGUAUGUCUGAAAGCAGGGAAAAUGAUGAAAGUAUUUUAAACUCUGAUACGGGUAUCUCCUCUGAUUCAGCACACUCUUUCACUUUAGUUUUUGUGACUAAACCAUCCCUGUUAAUUAUUCCUUCUCAAUGCCAUAGCUACAAAAUGUAUAUUUUUUAAAAUUGUGUAUCUGUUAUAUGAUGUUCGCUAGAAAUAAAUGGGAAAAAAA